GAAGACGGCGUACCCCAAAUCUGGGCUCCAAGCCACCGCACGCAGCGAGAUGACAGCCAUCCUGGAGCGGAUCAGCACGCUGUCCCUCAGCGGGCAGCAUCUCAGCCGGCUGCCCAGGCUGCUGGAGGAUGGCUUCCCCAAGAUGCCUUGCACGGUCAAAGAGUGCGAGGUGCCGCAGCUCUUCCGUGAGCCGUACAUCCACACCGGGUACCGUCCCACCGGCCAGGACUGGCGGUACUACUUCCUCAGCCUCUUCCAGAAGCACAAUGAAGUGGUCAAUGUAUGGACUCAUCUCCUGGCAGCGCUGGCUGUGCUGCUGAGAUUCAAGACGUUUGUGGAGGCUGAGCAGUUACCUGUGGACGCAUGGUCCUUGCCUUUGCUCAUCUUUGUCCUCUCCUCUGUCACCUACCUGACCUGCAGCCUCUUGGCCCACCUUCUGCAGUCCAAAUCGGAGCUGUACCAUUACACCUUCUAUUUCGUGGACUACGUCGGAGUCAGCAUCUACCAGUAUGGUAGUGCCCUGGCUCAUUUCUACUACAGCUCCGACCAAGCCUGGUAUGACAAGUUCUGGCUUUUCUUCCUGCCGGCAGCUGCUUUCUGUGGCUGGCUGUCUUGUGCCGGCUGCUGCUACGCGAAGUAUCGGUACCGACGGCCUUACCCCAUUAUGAGGAAGAUGUGCCAGGUGAUCCCAGCUGGCCUGGCCUUCAUCUUGGAUAUCAGUCCUGUGGCUCACCGGGUGGUUGUGUGUCACCUGGGGGGCUGUGAGGAAGAUGCUGCUUGGUACCACACGUACCAGAUACUGUUCUUCCUUAUCAGUGCUUAUUUCUUCUCCUGCCCAGUCCCUGAGAAGUACUUCCCUGGCUCCUGCGAUAUCGUCGGCCAUGCCCACCAGAUCUUCCACACCUUCCUGGCAAUCUGCACCCUAUCACAGCUGGAGGCCAUUCUUUUGGAUUACAAGAACAGGCAGGAGAUUUUCCUGAAGAGACAUGGGCCUUUCUCUGUUUAUCUCUCCUGCAUCUCUUUUUUUGGCCUCGUGGCUUGUAGUGCCAUCACAGCUUACAUCCUGCGAUGCAGGAUCAAGGACAGCCUGGCUACAAAGGACUCCUGAGAGUCAGGAAUGUGACAGCCAUGACAUCACCGGGGUGGUGAAAAUCAAGAAAGGGGGCAUAACAUAUUAGAGACAUAACUGUCUUAUUUGCCUAACACGCUGACUAACCUUGGGAACCCUGGACUCGGGUGGAGGGCUGGAUGCAUUUUCACAGCAGGAUGGCCUUUUGCCAUCCAGGUGGACAUGGAGUGUUUUAAGCCAGAACAAGGCAUUUAACCAAGGAUGCUGGAAUAGGCAGAGGUUUCUUGUUCGUUCUGGUAAACCUGUGGGUGAUAUCUUGCUGAAUGUCAGGGAGGGUAGCCUGAAGGCUGUAAGACUGUAGAGGGGUCUGCCAGGGCCCACAACACAGUGGAGAAUGCACCGUGAGGACCACAGCUGGAUGGGAUGACCUCUCUGGGUUUUGCCAUCUCUGCUAUCUGUGAGAGACCUGUUACUAUCAAAGGCAGUAGGCAAGGUUUCAGGAGGAUUCUACAUUUCUAGGGCACAUGUGGCACAGUGGCUGGUAUAAUCCUUUCCCUGCUCCAACUGGGCUAAACCAGGUUCUCUCCGCGGUCUCCUUGUCAAAUAUCUCAACACCAGAUUGCUGAGGUGGCUUUGGCGAAGCACGUUUGGAGACUUAGGCCUGAUCUGGGGUCCUCUAGGACGAACUGGGUUUGAACCUGAGCCCUGUGUCUGGCGUGGGUCCAGCACAGGUGGGGAUGUUAGGUCAGCUCCAUCUUUUCUGUGUGUGUCUGCACCAUCUGCAGCAGAGCUGCUCAUCAAAACCAAGGAGUAAGGCUGUCCCAAGGAUUGCUAACAGCAGCUGGGGUCUUUCUCAGCAGUUUGAAUUUGACCUAAGGUAGCAGCAGUGCUGAUGGCUGUUUGGUAGCCUACAACACCGGUUUUCAGCAGCGCCUCACUUCCAUUCUAAGUGCUUGGCUGCCUUUGAGGAGCUGGGCCUGGGCCAGGCUGGAGAUGGUUUUGAGCUUUCCUCGGUAGCAGUGGCAGAGGUUGAGCACUCCUGAGGCCAUCAGUACUCAGGGCGCUGGCCCCAGGAGAGGAGAUGCUUUUGAUGCUGGAUGCACAAUUUUGGCUGCUUGUGAGACAGGUUCAUGCAUUUCUGCAUAGACUGACUGUAUUAUCUGUUAGGGAGCCUGACUGAUCUCAAACACCGUCCAUGCAGUGUGGAGUAACUGGGGUGUAACCCGUCUGAUACAGGAAAGGCUCUGGGCCCUGGGCCUCCAACAUCCCUAUGGUGGUCAUGGCCAAAAGGGUAUGAAAGUGAAGUCGUCUUUAUUCCCACCAUAAUGGUGCUUUUCAGGACACCAGGCAGUCCUUGGUGGGCCUCGUGGGAAAGCCUUGAAGCUGCAGGCUUGCUUUUCUCUGACCAGUGGGGUUGUGAAUCCAGCACUAGAUGAAGGUAGAACAGCAAAAGGCAGGAGCAAGGUGACAGCAUUGGGGUCCUGUGCAACCUUGGGAUGGGUUUGUCCUUGAGACUUGGUGAUUCCUAUGUGGAGUAACAAAGAGAGCAGUCAGGGACAUUUAAUGUCUGUGGGUCACUCCUCUCCGAGGUCUAGCAAGGGUUGGUUUACUGUGUCCCCCACUAGAUGAGUCUCUCUGUGCUUGCUGGGGGGGGAAUAUCAGGUAUGGAGCCACGCUGUUGCACUGAAGUUGGCAGCACUUGCAGGACAGGAUGCUCAGAGCCAAUGCAGAGAUACGGUCCCGUGCAGCCUCGAUAUCCACUCUUCGACCCACCACUUGCUUUCCGAAGUAAACCCUGGUAUGGCUCCUCCCGGCUAGACACAGUGCAAGACCUGCAGCCUCAAAUGCCUUGACAUCUGGCAAAUUCCUAGGACGUAUAAAUCUCUGAAAUGAAGGAAUCCAUGGGUUUGUUCCAGCCACAGAUUUGUCUCACUGAACCCAAGGGUGGGCAAAUGAAUUGUGAUUGCUGGUUCUGAGCAGGCAGAGCGUAGGGUUGGGGAUAUGAUUUGUCACGACAAGCACUGAUUUCUGCACUUGAUCUGUUUUUGAACGAUUGAGAUGUGUGUGUGUGUUUGUGCAUGUGUGUGCGCGCGAUUUAUUAUCCAGAAAGGCUUUGCUUUUGGCUUUUAUGUCUGCAGAGCCUCCUAGUUGGGUGAAGAUUAGCCUGAAGGAAACAGUGCUAUGCUGCUAGAAGAGCAAUGUGGGCCAGACAGAAGUCUCUGAAAACAGAUCUAUUAAUAGGUACUUUGCUGUGUCCUAUGUUUUGUGGACGGAUUUGAAACUCACGGCCCUGUUGACAAGUUAACAAAGCAGGAGGGAAGUAAGUUUUGAGUACAGGAGAAGAAAUUGUAGGAAAACCUUUGGGAGGUCAUCUAGUCCGCCCUUUUUCAUCACUCUAGGCCGCCUGGUUUUCAUCCAGUCCAGCUUAGAAAUUAACUACUUCAUUUUCUAUGGUGUAUUUUGACAGUACAGCCAUGCCAUGACCUAACAAUAAAUUUGCCUCAGGGGAGUGGCAAGUGGGGAUGGUCCCACUUACACCUCAUCGUACCUUUUCCCAUGCACAGAAGCCCACCUCACCGCAGAGUGAGCUGGUGCCAGAUGGACCAGCAGGAAACCAAUCCUACUGAAAAAACGUCAGUAAUCUUCUACUGGUUUUAAUUUUCGGCUGGCUCACUUGGACAACACUGCUGCCUGCAGGGAAGGGCUGGAGCAGAGGCCAGCAGCAGUUCCUCCUUGCACAGCAGCUGGUUGCUCAAGUAGCUUAGCUGCACUGAUGGACUGCUCCCUCCAUGGUCUGCGUGGCUUUGCUUGUGGGUCUCCUCUCAAGUUCAGGGAAGGAUGCCCAGUGGGAGCAGUGCUUUUUUUCACAGGUUAAUCUGCCUUGGUUUUGUGGUAGGUAAAACAGAAUAACCUACUGAGUGUGGAUCUGGCUGGAUGGAUCUGGGCUCCUGUGCAGGAAGGGGAGUAAACCAGGCUGGUCCAGAGCUCCCUUCUGGGCUAAAACUGAGAGGGAGUAGGCACUGCUGCUAGUGGCAAACCCUGCUCUGCUGCUACCUAGAGUUAUACUGGUCCCAGAGGAAGGGAUCACCCAAGCAUUUCCUUCUUUAAGGGUUUGAAAAUAGACAACAUGUCCUGCCCUUGUCAAAGGAGGAUGAGUACAUUAACGCUGUCUAGUCCAGGGACAGGGAGAGGAGGUGCCCACAUGGCCCUUCCAAGGUAUUUCUGGUCAUAUAUCUUCUCCCUGGUGUGGCAGAAGUGAAACUGUGAUGGUGUUUUUCCAUAUUCUCAUGUUACCCCUCAGGUGAAGCCACUCACGUCCCCGUGUGGCCCUGCACUCAGACCUGGAGCCGACCUCCUGGUUACUAUGAUGGGUUGAUUAAGCAGGGAAUUUCAACACAAUGCUGCUGCUGUGAUGAUGCACCCUUGUGUCACAAGGGGCUCACCAACACUGGAGCUUUCUUCAUCCCUGUCUCCAUCCUCCUCCUCUUCCUCCAACCAGCUUAUUUCUUUCCUUCAUCCCUGUGCCUUACGCACCUGGCUGCCUACCUGGGCAGACUCCACGUGCCGUGCAGUCUGCGGCACCUCAACCGGGCCAAGACUGGGAUGUGGCUGCUGAUGCCUUACUGAAAGCCCUGCUCUUGAUUUAAGGGAGACCAGGGCUGCGUCCAGAGAGAGUAAAAAUGCCGCUGUGAUAAUUGCUCAGCUUGUCUGAGAGCCUCUCAGGGCCUCCUCCUUGGGCUCACUGCUUGGAGCAAGCCUCCUUCCAUCCCAGCAUUCCGCUAAGGAGGCACAGCUGGGAGGGAUGUGCCCGCAGCAGGGUUUGGUGAAGAGCUGACCACCAAAGGUUGAGCACAUCUGAGAUCCUGAAGGGACCGAGGUCCUAACUCCUUCCCCCAGGAAUCUCUGGUCCUGAGAUAGUAUAUUUGCAGAUCUUGCAACCUGGAUCUGUACAGAACAACUGAGAAUUCAUCCCAAUGUGCCUUAUUCUAUUCCUUUUUGGGAUUCAUCCUGAAGGAACCUGAGGCUCAGAGGCAGCCUCUUCGCUGUCUGCUGGUCCAUGGUUGCUCUUAACAGCUCCUACCCACUGACAGGAUUUGCUUGGUGUACGGAGCAGAAGGGGAGGAUGGAGAGAGGUGCCUUAAACUUAUAUUUAUGCCUAGUGAAUUGUGUAACAAGGCAAGGACAGGUUCCUCGUGUGCCUUGCAAUUUACAUCUUUUACUGACAAGAUUAUUUUUAAGCACUGUUUGUUACUAAACAGAAGUACAAAAGAAUUUGUCUUUUUUUCCCUGGGAAACAGGGAAGGGUAUGAGUGUUCUGUAUUAAUCAUCCCCUUCCCAGCUCCCAUCUGCUGACUUUGUAUUGAUAAUAUUUUAAGCUUUGUACUGUACUGAUCAUUAUUUAAAAACUUUAGUGAAAAAAAAAAAUCUGUAAAAGCAAAACGAUUGGUGUGGUGUGAAAUUCCCCAAUGCACAAGUACAGAAGGUUAUGAGUCAUUAGGAAGAAAGGUGGUUAAUAAUUAUACAGUGGAUAUAUUAGAGUGAA